UCUCAUGAGGACCAUCACCGUGGCGACCGUUCUCCUCUGCCUGGGACUAGUUAACUCAGCCCGAGAAAAAGCAGUUUCUUCUCAUGGGGCCCAGACGUGUUGUACGAGCUACACACGGAGCCCCAUACCUUUCCACCGCAUCACAGGCGUUAAAACACAGACCGUAAUGGAAAACUGUGACCUCGAUGCCAUCAUUUUCGAAACAGUCAAAAAGAACAAGAUAUGUGCAGACAGAAGAGCUCCGUGGGUGCAAAGAAUUUUGAAAAUGCUGAGUGAUCAGUUUAAGAAGUUGGCUAAAGAGCGUCCGGAUGUUCGCAGACAAAUGCAGAUGGACAAAAGUGUAAAGUCUGUGAUGGACAACAACAGUGGAGUUUUCUUCAGUUCCACAGAAAGCUCUCAGAACAUCACAGAGUCUUUCUACACCUCAGGCAGCACAGAGGCUUUUGUUUGAAGGAUUCAUGUAGAGUCACAGUUUCCUGGUCUUUGCUGAACUCAAACUAUUGUCUCUUGUAUCGUGCACUGCUUUUGGUGUCCUCUAGAUGGCAGGAUUGCUCAGUUAUAAAUCUAUGAUAUAAUUUUCAAUUAAAUCAGACAAAAAAUGUA